AAGCGUUUGACAGGUGUCACGGCCACCGACUGAUUUUUGUUGACCAGUUUUGGAAAAUUUCUGAUUAAAUUAUGAACAGCAUCAAGAUUUUCAAGAACUUAGCAUUCAGUAAUCAGUUGCGGUCUUUCUCAAGAUGCACAAUAUUACGUCAAGAAGUCGUCCAGGCAGCGUCCCCGAUAUCUAUACCAGUACCAGAGGGAGUUGAUAAGCCCGUUUCCCCAAAAAUCGAGAAGUUAGUUGCUGAAAUCACAACCCUUAACCUGCUUGAAGUAUCAGAACUAAGUCAGGUCUUGAAGAAGAGAUUGAACUUGCCCGAUGCCCCUGUUAUGCCUGUUGGUGGAUUCGCCAUGGCCGCCGCGCCUGCACAAGAGGAAGAAGAAGCCGCUCCCAAAACAGUCAAAACUAGUUUCACAGUCAAAAUGACAAAGUUCGAUGACAAACAAAAAGUAGCACUGAUCAAAGAAGUAAAGAACCUCCUGGAAGGCUUCAACCUUGUCCAAGCAAAGAAGUUUGUGGAAAGUGUACCAACAGUUGUUAAGGCAGACAUUUCCAAAGAUGAGGCAGAAAAACUGAAAGAAGCUUUAUCUAAAGUUGGAGCUAUUAUUGAAAUUGAAUAAUUUAAGCAUUUUUAUUAGUAAUAU